CAGAGGAGGAAAAAAUCAGAAGAAAAAAACCAGACAACCUGCAGCCGGACCUGACAUUUGACCACCUCUAACUUUAACCAAUCUCUACUGAUCGAACCUGAGGUUUUAAACUAUUAAACUGUACACUUUUCGUGGUUGCCAUGGAGACCGUGCGAACAGUAGUCUACCUGUCCGUCUGUCUGUCUGUGUUGGCGUCGCUCUGCCAGGGUCAAAGGUCGGCAGAAAACCAACUGAUUCCAGGACACGAUGAGGGUUUGAUGGGACUGAGCAACAAGGAGCUGGCGGAGGCUCUGCAGGGCUUCCUGGAUGAGGCUGACAGCAGAACAGGACUCUCCGUGGAGAAGAAGGCCAGCGUCAUCCCCAGGUGCGACGUCGGCGAACGAUGUGCGAUGAAACAUGGCCCUCGGAUCGGUCGACUGUGCGACUGUCUGAGAGGAACGGCCUGCAACACCUUCUUCCUGCGCUGCUACUAACGAACACCACCAACACCGACACGUCGGUACAUCUGUGUUGGUGAGGACGGAACCCAUAAAUCUCAACGUGUCCUAAGAGAUCUGUAAACAAAAGGGGCUCAGACGCUGUAAAGCCAGUCCUCGUCGACACAGAUGUACCUGACGACACAUGAACACACCUGACUCUCUAAAUGUCCUCCUGCAUGUCUUCCUCAUCAUCGGUUGGUUUUUCAUUUCAGUGUCUGUUCGUCAGAUUCAUUUAUUUUUGUUAAAUAAAAGUUCUUCAUAAAGCUGUUCGGCUCCUGACUUCUGCAUUUGUACAAACAUUAAACUGGAAAAUGUCUAAA